GACGCCGAAUGGAAACCACAGAAGCUGAACAGAGGACGUGGACCGGAGCCGAUAAAGUGAGCUGAAAUGACCCACUCUCACGAACCGAGCACUUCAGGUGGACCCAGUUGCUGUGUUUGCGCGGUCUGACCCGAGUUGAGAGGCGGUCGAAAGUGAAGUUUUGUUCCGUUGUCGUCGUUUCGUGCCGACAGGAGGAGGUAUGAAGGCUCACAGCGGCGAGGUCGGAGUGUUUGUCCGAAUUAGACCAACUGCAAACUUCGCCGACGACCUCAUUGAAUGUCUCCCAGACGGACAGACAGUGAACAUCUGUCACAAGAGAGACUCCAGGAAAUCCCACGACUCCAAGAAAAGUCAGCUGAGCUGCUGGUCAUUCCGGCUGGAAGGCGUCCUGCAGGAUGUAUCCCAGGAGGAGUUUUACGCCCGAGUGUGCCGACGGGUGGUACUGGGAGCACUGGAUGGCUAUAAUGGUACUGUGAUGUGUUUUGGGCAGACAGGUGCAGGAAAGACCUACACCAUCACAGGAUCCACAGAGUCAUACAAGCAGAGAGGCAUCAUUCCUCGGGCCCUUCAGGAGGUGUUUCAGGAGGUGGAGAAGAGGACCGAGCAUGCCUUCUCUGUGUACCUGUCUUACUUGGAGAUCUACAAUGAGACCCUGGUGGACCUGCUGUCACCUCGGCGAUGCUCGCCACACCCGUCUCCUCAUAGUAUGGUGGUGAUGGAGGAGCCCGGCAGAGGGGUGUUCAUCAGAGGUCUGUCUCUUCACCUCGUCCACAGUGAGGAGGAGGCCCUCAACCUCCUGUUUGAGGGUGAGAUGAAUCGCAUUAUUGGAUCUCAUGCCUUGAACAGGAACUCCUCCAGGUCCCACUGUAUCUUCACUGUGCAUAUAGAGUCCCGCUCACGCACCCUGUCUGACGCCAAAUACAUCACCUCCAAGCUGAAUCUGGUGGAUUUGGCUGGGUCAGAGAGGCUGGGGAAGACUGGGUCAGAGGGUCAGAUGUUAAAGGAAGCCGUCUACAUCAACAAGUCCUUGUCGUUCCUGGAGCAGGCCAUCCUGGCCCUGGCAGACCGUCGCAGAGACCACGUUCCCUUCAGACAGAGUAAACUCACACAUGCCCUCAAAGACUCCCUGGGGGGGAACUGCAACACUGUGCUUGUGGCCAACAUCUAUGGUGAGGCUGCACAGAUAGAAGAAACACUUUCUACUCUGCGUUUUGCCAGCAGAAUGAGGUGUGUCCGGACUGACCCUGCUGUGAAUGAACACAUGGAUCCAGCAGCUCAUAUAAAAAAACUUCAGAAGGAUAUACAGAGGCUGAAAGAAGAACUGUCCAUCUGCAAUAAAUUGGCGAACCGGCCAAGCAUCUCGUACGAGUCGUUGUCUGAAGCACAGCUGGCUGAGAUCAACAACCAGGUUCAGAGAUACCUAGAGGGAAGCCUGGAGGAAAUCAGUAUCGUCAGUAUCAACCAGGUCCAAGCAGUGUUCGCCCAGUUCAAGCUUGCUGUGCAGGAACAGGAGCAGAAAGUGAAGGCUCAGUUAUGCCAGACCUUCAACUUGAUGGAGAAAGACCAAGGUGCCAACACAGCUGCUAUCAAGGAGUGGGAUACCACAGGAAGCACUGAGGAUGUGGAGGCUGGCAGCCUUGGGGGGGCUGGUCAGUUACCAAAAAAUGCCAACCGGCCAAGUUCGACCAAAGCCAAAACCAAGAAAUCUAGGGAAAAACCGAGCCAAAAUAAGACACAGAGAGCUGGGAGUCCAGUUACAAGGAAGCGUUCAGAGAGUGCCUCCAAAUCAAAGCUGAAUUCUGUCCAGACACCUGAGAAGGAACAGGAGUUACCAGAACCAGACACAGAGAGCCAGGACACACAGGAAUCACAACCGCCUGGCAAUGAACCCUUCAACCCUGGCUCUCCUCCGCCCAAAGAAGAGGCCUUUGAGGUUUUUAAGGUGGGACAGGGCAGCAAAAUAAACUGCAUCCUUAAGGAGAACAAAGCCGUGCUGCUGGAACGUCGCACUCUUCUUCGAAAGCUCACUGAUGAGGUCAACGCUGUCAAGAGAGAGAUCGACUGCACCACAGCCACCAUACAGCAGCACAAGGAGCUGAGAAGAGACCAAGGUCAGUAUUUGGUUAUGGAGGGGGAGCCACAGCUGCAGGAGCCAGAUGCCACUUUAUUGAAGAAGCUCAGAGAGCUGAAGGCCCGGUACCGGCAGAGAUACGAUGUGCUGGGUGACAUCAAGGCAGAAGUCAACUACUGUCAACACCUUGUGGAUCAGUGCCGGGUGCGCCUGCUCUCUGAAUUUGAGAACUGGUAUAAGAAGUCUUUCCUGGUACCUGAGGAGGAGCUGGACGUAACGACAGAGAAGACCCUCACAGAAGAGGAUGCAGAUGAGCAGCUUCCUCCUCACAACCCCAGCUCCGAGUCCUUCUACAACGCUCGCUACAGAACGCUGAAAAGGAGGAACAGCAGGGCGCUGGUCUUUACUCCAGUGCAGAGGAACUCGUCAGGACAGAGAAGACUUCCUCCAAUACUACCUGUUACCUAAGUGAGUUUUAUGUACAGACCGAACUGUCCACAUGUGCUAAAUGUGAUGAAAUGUAAUUUUCAUUUUUUCUACGUGUCAUCUUUGGAGCAUUGUGGUCUGUAUAUUAAGCACAAAAGACACAACACAAUGAAUCAGCUUCUUAAAUGAAAAGUAAAAUUUAUUAUUCCUGAACCACAAAAUAGACUUCUUUGGUUGUACAAAUUCACUAGUUACAGUCUUGUAUGAGCUCUAACCCUUGACCCUAGGACUUCUGACCCUUUCCCUCAGACCUAUUUGCAAGAAGAAGAAAAAAAAACCCCCAAAGAGAACUCAAGACAAAAGAAUAAACACAAAAACUUGAAACACUGCAUUAAUAAUGUAGUGAAACCCAUCUGAAAAAAAGAUUUACCUAUUGUAAGUUUAAAAAAGGAAAUAUCAGCCAUUGCAAAUGUUAUCAAACAAACUGAAUUUCAGUCAGUGAGAGCAACAUGGAAAGCUAUCAUUAGAAGACCCUACAUUAAAUUAACACAAAUGCUACUAUGCUGUGAUUCUGCAAAAAUACCCAUCAGAUACAUAAACUGACGGUAUGUCGAGCAGUGAACUGAAUGAAUGAGAUCAAUGUCUUGAGAGGGAUUUCUAAUCGGUUCUGCCUCUUUCAGCUCUCCCAUUAACAAACCAAUAUACAUGCAGAGAGCGUCCCGAUACCAGGCACCGUCCAAACCCAGACGCGUCAGCAGUCCAGACACUCGCUUGGUCUAGGUCAAGACUGGCUCAGUUUCUAAACCCAAAGUUUGCUUUCCUUUCAGCAUUUGUACAUUAUUCACACAAUAAUAAAUGAUUUUUCAGUGGCAUCAGAUUUAAAUUAACCAUAGACAGAAAAAUAAAAACACCUGCUACCUUCACGUCACUCUGGAGUACCUCCAGAAAAUUCAAGGAUAGAUAUUAAUGAUUCACAUUGAUAAAAUAAAAAAACAAUACCCUAAACAGGACAGGGUAAGUACCGUUAAUUAGUAAAUUACGCUAAAAUGCCAAACUUUAAUAUUCAGAACAGUUUAUCUGUAAAGCUGCUGCCUCCAGUGUUGUCUUAUUCUCUACAAGGGGAAUGUAACACAGUCAAUAAAUCUGGACAGAUUCUCUUUACAAGUCCAAUGUGCAACAGCUAUACUUUGUCUAAGCAAUCCAAGUUGUGUAUUUGCUCCUCUCAAAAACCCCCUGGGGGAAUUUAUAAGUGUGUAUAAAGUAGAGUCAAUGAUAUAAAGUGAUAUGCAGUUAUUAGCUGAAAGACUUAGUGACCCUCAACUACCAUUGAAAUGUUUUUAAUGAUAAGGACUGGAUGGGUUAAAACAGUGUAAAAUAGAAGGCCUUCAAUUUGAAUAAAUGGAUUAAAAACAAUAAAUUACUUAAGAUAUGUUCUAAAAAAAAGCUGAUCAGUGGCAGUGCAAAAAGAUAUGGAUUUUCUUUUUUUUUUUUUUAAAAAGCUCUCUUGUGACUGUGAAGGUAGCAGCAUGUUCCCUCCUCAAUAAUAUAUACACUCCUGUCCGCCCAAGUCUCAAGAAACCCGACAUUUCACAAUCUGUUCACUGAAAGCCUAAAAAUAUUGUUAGUAUAGCUAUGACCCAUUUCUUUUCUCUUCCAGUAUGUUUUUUUUUUUUUUCUUUUUUUUUUUUUUUA